AAACACAUUAAUUUAGAUCUAACAUCCUCUUCAUCAAGAAAACAGAAGAGCACAACCCAGAAAAAAUCAUACAAACCCAGAAAAUCAAACACAAGAACACAAGAAAAUCAAACCACAAACAAACCCCACACAUUCAUUCACUGUUCACCAAUGCCAAUGCCUCAGUGCCCAGUAGCCGGAGACCAUAAACUCCGGCCAAAGUCUGGCAGAACACCUCUCCAGCAGCUGAACUCUCCGGCGAACCAUGUCACCGACUCCUCUUCACACACCAAGCCAGCAAAGCAAACUCAGAUCGAGAUCUGCAUCACCGACCAGUCAAACAAAGAGAACAUCCUCCACCGUCCGACUCAGAUCGAAUCUCUGGACGCGUCACUCGCGGAGGAGCUGAGCGCAAUUAGGAAGAAGAUGGAGAGGUUGAGGUCGGACAGAGAGAGAACGGAGAAGAUGGUGAGAGAGAGGGACUUGUUGUUGGAGAUGAAGAUGAAGGAGGUCGAAGAGGGAGGAGAGAUUCAGAAGAGCCUCGAAAUCGAGCUCGAUAGAUUAUACAGAUUGAAGCAACUCCAAUCUCAAUCUAUGGUAACCACUCAGUAUUCAAAUUUUGAUUUCUUUGUUUUUGUUUUUGAAUUCGUUUAAUUUUUGAGAUAUU